UAAAACGAUGGAGGAUAUUAAGGAGAAGUUUGCUGGAACAUGGAAGAUGGUUAGGAGCGAAAAUUUCGAAGAAUUUCUUGCGGAAGUUGGCGUUAAUUUCUUUAUUCGGAAGAUGGCAGCUCUGGCGAAACCUACAACCGUUAUAUCUGUAAAUGAAGAUACUAUCACCAUAGAACAGAAAACAGGAAUUCGAGAUAAGGUGGAUACGUUCAAACUUAAUGAGGAAUUCGAGAAAGAGAUGGAAGGUACAAAAAUGAAGUGUUUGGUUGUAUAUGAAGAUGGUAAGAUCAAAUACACCAAUACCCCUAUAGCUCCUGAUUCUACAGUGAAACCUCAGACGGUCUACAGGGAAAGGUUUGGAGAGGAGCUUCUUGUACAAAUUGAAUGCGGAAAUGUGGUGUGUAAGCGUUACUUUGAGCAGGUUACAGCAUAAAACAUCAUGAUCACUGUUACAAACUGUAGGGCUUUGAAUGCAAAACAUAUAUAUUGGUGUAAGAAACUGUACGCAUAAUAAAUAAUAUCUUAAUUGUGAAAUGUUGACAUUGACCUUUGUACACAUGUACAGUGAGCAGUGUAUCAUGUCAGGAUCAAUGUAGUGCAAGUAUGUUUUAAUCGAUUUCGUUUGGAUUUUUUUCAUAUUUUAAUUAUCUAAAGCUAUUCUAGCAAUAGUUUAGAGUUUUGGGUUUUGGUAAUUAUGUUUCAAAGAUAUUUAAAUAAUAGCUUGUGUUUGGUACUUAAAGGUUAUGUGUCACAAAUCAUACUUAUAUUACAAAGUCAAUUUCAAUAUAACGAGGAUCUCAAAUUUUUACCUUUUACAGCGUCUCUGGUGAGGAAACAAUAUCUAAAACGUUUUAUGAAUCGUAUAUGAAAUAGAAACGAAUGUAAUAUUCUGUUUAUCACAUGUUUGGAUACUUUUUUCUAACAUUUUUGACAAUAUCAAAUUAUUGUUAAUAUUCCCACUCCAUAGAUAUGUGUAUAUGACAUUAUGAAGUUAUGACGAUACAAUAGAAACAGUUUGAGCAUCCAGCCAAUCACAGCUCAUCUACGUUGUAUUACACGUGUCAUAACAAAAUUAAUGUAAGAAUGGUAUCAUAUUGAAAACAGGGUAGUUAUGAUAGGGAAAUAUUCAUCGUUUAUUUUUAAUGUUCGUAAUAACAUUUUCCGUCUGUGCUAUGGAUCUGUGUGUCAUUGUAACGCUCAUUAUUAUGUAUAUGAAUAACAUUAAAUAGAUUAAACAAUUUAAUUUUGCUUCAAAUAAAAUUAAAACAAUGGCAGUGUUUAUGUACAAUGUGUGAUACUGGACUACCCUGCACGAUUCACAAUAAAUUUUGUCGAAAUUGAAAGCAUAAACAUGCUGUCAUACA